AUGUACACUGCCCCUACUGCUCAACCUCAACCUCCUUUCCAACAACCCUAUCAGAGUGGUUAUGUUCAGCCUCAAUAUCCUGCGGUAGCGGGAUAUCCUCAACCUCCGUACCAGCCCGCUCCUGCACCAGUGGCAUACGGAGCUCAGCAAUAUCAACAACCUUAUGCUGCUCCAUCACAGAACGGACCUGAUGUUUUCAUAGACNCCCCUUUGAAGAAGCAANAGGGAAAUCCUGUCAUCACCCGCUAUCCUCCGCNNCCCCCUGGUUACAAACAGCAACCAACAUAUACCGCGGCCUCGUACGCAGCACCAACUUAUCCCACACAUCCUCCAGCGCCUCAAACAGCUUAUCCUGGGACGGCGUAUCAAGGAUAUCAACCUCCAGUCACCACAGCGUAUCCUCCAACGACAACUUAUCCUACUCAGGCGGUAUAUGAUCCAAACCAAGCUUACCAGCAGCCACCAUACCAACCACCGCAAGCUGCACAGCCUUAUGCUGUGGCAGCACCAGUAUCGUCGUAUCCCGUGCCAGCUCCUGCAUAUCCACCCCAGGAGCAUUCGGGUUACUAUGAUGCAAACGGUGCAUACGUAGCGGCGCCUUCUGCCCAUCCAACGCCGUACAUGGAUACUUCUGCGUAUCCCGCCCCUUUGAGUGAAGACGGAUAUGCUGCAUCGCAUACACGACAGUCUAGUCUCGACUUUGGCCUUGAUUUCGAUUUUGAUGGCGAAGUUGGCGUACCGGCUGAGGAGGUCGUGCCAGAGCUGAGCCUUGGUCUGAUCACAUGGCAUCCAGCCCUACCUACUAGCAAGCCCUUACCAUCCAUCUUCGAGGAAGUCGGACCAAAAUGGACCGAAUCUGUCAAGGCAGCUGAAGGAUCACACAUCAGUGUCACAUCGGAGUUCUUCCCUGACGACAUGUCUGUCGACAUCAGACUCAGCGUGCGAGACACAGACGAGUGGCAGAAGGUCAAAGACGAUCUCAUCUUCGUUGAGUUUGACAAGACAGCUGUGACAGUGCCACUUCUUACUGUCAUUGCAAACCGCGACCGUCCAGAUCCUGUUACCGAGCAGCUCGAACCAGUCAUCCAGCACAAGGAUGGUAUGCCAGAGGCUUUGCAUCCAUUGCAGGUGCAGCAAUCUGUUGCAGGAGCAGAGGAUGAGCAGUCGGAUGGAGAUCAGGCUAUGGACAUGAGCGACGAUGACGACGAGCCUGUCAAGCCUGUCAUUCAGCCAACAAUCCAACCUCUCGCUCAUCCCUUGCCCCGACCAGUAACUCAAACAGCUCCACCCGUGAAGCAGGUUAUCAUCCUUGACACUCUUGAGCUGGCUCUGGGCCCCAAGUCGCCUCGAANNAGAAUGACAGACAACCGUCCCGAGCUUCUGCUCGUCACUCAAGAUCGCGUUCGCCCGAAAAGCGUAAUAGCAGACAGGGUUCGCAACAGCCCAAGGCCAAGCCUGCUCCCCUUCCCANAAGACUCCGCGCAGGAAAACAUCUUGGCGGCACUCGGUGUCGAAGGUUCACCAAAGAUGGUUUAUCCCACCCCACCUCCUGCUCUGGGCUUGCCAGUACCUCCAGGCAAUCGCANNAAAAUUACUCCUCCCGGCGGCUUUGCACCUACAAAUCAGCGUUUCGCGUAUGGUCCUCAGUUCCCUCCUCCGCCACCACCUCGCGAAAGCCGUUCGCCUUCCUUCGAUCCAUGGCGCGCUCACGAUCCCGCCAGUCCCAAGUCUACUACCUCUCAGCACACAGCAGCUGGUUCAGACUUUCACGGGGACAAUGUCAUGGUCGACUUGGACGCCACCCCCAAAGCCAAGGCACCAGUCACCACUGAGAAAUCAGGCAGUGGCAGGAAGCGUACUUACGAAGAAGUGGCUGCUGCUGAAGGACGCCGCAGACAGGAUGAUGACACUCCCAGAGCACGACGCAUGCGACAAAGUAGACAAGACGUCUAC